AUGUAUAGAGGUCGCAACGCUGCCGUGAACGCUAAGAGCAAACACGAAUCUGCGAAAAGUCAUGAUGAAAAAAACGCUCAGGGAGACAAAUCCAUGUACGUAAACAUUUCCUAUCACAUCCGAAAAUUAUUUAGUUAUUGCGAUGCGGAUAUACUAAGGAUAGAACACAACUUAAUUAUAUAUAAUAGCUUAAUAGACAAUAUAAAAAAGAAUGGGAACAAAAUUGUGAAAAAAGAGGUGGAAAAAAUAAUUAGGGAAAAGGAAAAAAAUGAGAAUUAUUCCCUGGCCGAAAUGAAAGAAGAGGAAUACAAGAUAAGCAAUUUUGAUUUGAAAAAGGUUGAACUAGACUUCAAAUUUAUUGAAUGUAGUCUAUGCUUCGAGUUAAUAAAAUUUGUGUGUAUACAAGAAUGCAACCAUACAUAUUGCUUUCUAUGCUUUUAUCGUCUAUUGUAUAUGGAAAAGAAAGAGAAGGAUGAGAAUGAGGAGAAUAACAGAGGGAGCAGCAGCGCCGCGCGUGACAACACCACCAGCAGCAAUAGUGCUUACGUGAAUUAUGUAAAUAGUCGUAAUCGUGUGGGGAAUAGAAAUAAUUAUGGGUACCCCGAUGAGUACAGAGGGGGAAGGGCAGGCGCAGGAGGUGGAGGAGGAGGAGGGGGGUCAUUUGUGGACAUCACCAGACCGACAAGUGACAAACGCAGGGAUGGAAAGGAUGAAAAAUAUAAUUAUGAAUUUGAUAAGGAUAUGAUGAAAUGCCCAUUUUGUAAAGAAAGAAAUGGGUACAUAUUUUUUUGUUUAAAUAAUUUCUAUACGUAUUUUACUUAUGACAAUUUAUUGCAUACACUGCUUGAACAGGAAGAUCACGAGCGGUACGUCAGUUAUGAGUCAUCUCAAUUUGCGGAGCUGAAUGGGAAUAGCUGCCACAAAAGGGACGAUGUCGCAGGGAAGAGUGCACAGGGAGGCGGCACCCCAUUGAGUGACUCCUCACGUAAUAUUAUUUCACUCAACACAAUUGUUCCAUGUGCACACGAAAGAGAAGAACAAAAAUUUAUGGGGGAAAUCCCCACAGUGAACCUAGGCCAACCUCCCCCAAAGGUGGGAAGCCAAAAGGGAAUAAAUACAUUUUCUGCUACAGAAAAAGGAGGAAUGCAUGGGCAUCUCGCCAAUAAAGAACAAAUAAAUUGUAUGAACAAAAAUGAUAUCAAGAAGGUAUUUUCAUCUCACUAUGAUGACAUGAUAAUUUUACGAAAUAUUUUAAAAAAAAACGACGACAAUAAUGUUAAUCAAGGAAAUAGCAAUGCAGCUAAAAAAGGGGAAAAUUUGUAUUUGUUUUUUUAUUAUGAAAAAUAUAUUAAAAGGAAAAGAGAGAAAAUAAGGUAUCUCUUGAACGGAGGAGUCAACACAGAAAAGAGGUAUGCAUUAUAUGGAAAAAUAUUUGUGGACACAGAAAGGAAGGUGUUCUUUGAAUAUUUUUACAUUUACAGUUUAUCAACCCUGUUAACAAGUUACGUUUGUCUACUAUCCCCUUGUAUCGAUUACUGGACCCAAAUCUUAAGUAAAAAGGUGGAAAAACUUAAACAAAAUCAUUGCACAGAUAAGUACUUUGAACGCAUUUAUAUAAAAAAUGAAAGAGGCAUUUUGAGAAAAAAAAACGACUCAAUAUAUGACAAGUAUAAACAGCAAUAUGGGAACAAAUUAUUUCACAUAAAGGAUGAAGAGUCUGAGGUAUCUGAUGAUUAUUUCAGAGCUGUAGAUUUGUUCACCAAGACGUGCUUUACCAAUUUGGAUAAUAUAAAUAAUAUUAAUGCGUUGAAAAAUUACUGCCAUGGGAGAUUAAGCGAUUUGUGCAGACAUAUAAAUGAGCAUAGCAAGACUUAUUGUGAUAUUUGUGUUGGCAACAGUGACAAUAUAUUUCUGUUCGAGUAUAAUAUAUUUUUUAAAAGGUUUAUAAGAAUGCACAUUGAAAAUGGGGAGAAAAUUGCAGAGAAUAAAUUUAAAACAAGGCAUAUUUAUUGCCACUUUUGCGGAUUCUACCUCUACGAUUUUGAUACGUUCAUGAAUCACAUUAACAAGUACCAUUUUUUUUGCAAAUUUUGUUUUAAUAAGAAGCCCAGCGAUGGCAAGGAAGUUCCCAAGGCAGACUUGGAGGAGGACGUCGUCUACUAUGACCACCUGCACACGCACGUCUACAGAGAUUACGAAAAUCUAUUCGAGCACUACAAGAAGAAGCACCACCCGUGUUUGUACGAGCAGUGCAUCUUCGUCGUCUUUGACAAUAAGAUCGACCUGUGUUUCCACCUUGCGGAGAAGCACGAGGAGAAGGGGAACAACAAGAAGAAUAAGAUAACUUUUUCCAUCGCGGGGGCUUCGUACAACGAGAUAAGAAGUAGUGCGCACAACGGGGCGAGCAGUUAUAACACCGGGGCUAGCAGCUACAACACUGGAGCCAGUACGUUACACAACCAUCGCCUCGACGAAGAAGACCUCGGUGAAGAGAGCAAGGAACCGUUUGACGUCAACAGACACAAGUGCAUAUACAAUUUUAAAAGUUUCCAGGACGCAUGGUACUUUGAUUAUUUUAUCGAGUGUAAAGUAAAAGACUUUUUAAAUUAUUUUCGAAGCAGCGAAAAAAUAUAUUUCCUGUAUAUGGUCCAAAGAGACAUGGAGAUCAUUUUGAAAGUAUUCGAAACGCUGUCCAGUAAAAAAUCAGAAUUGUAUUUUACCCAGGAGGAGAUAGUACAGCUCAGUAAGAAGAUAAUUGAAGAGGACUUCCCCCAGGAUCGAAACAAUUUCUUUCAUUUCAAAUUAUUUUUUGAUUAUAUAGUGGAGAAAAUAGAUUACUUAUCUUAUAAUAAAGAAGACUUGGAAAAAAAUUAUUUGUACCUCUUUUUUAACAUUAUAAUUAAUAGGUCCUUCAUUUUGUGCUAUUCGUUUUUUUACCUCUUCUUAAAGUCGAGGCAUGUGCGCCUUGACAAGGUGAUUGAAUUUGUUAGCGUCGCGGGGACAUCUACGGCUAGUGCUAGCGGCGGGCGCGGUUCUAGAGGGGGCACGAACAGCGGAACAAAUGGCUGCACCCCUAACAGCGUGAAUAGCGACAAAACGAAGAAUAUAUACCUGUUCUCACACGAAAUGACGCAAAUGAAGAAGCGGAUAGAAGCGGAAGCUAGUUGUGGCCCCAUCGAACUGAGCAAAUACGGUUUCUUAUAUUUGAUUUUUUUAUUUUUUAAAGUCGAUAAGCAUGGAUUUGAUAAGGUGUGCUCCCUCGUGCGGAACAUUUCGUACGUGUGCAGUGAGACGUACGAUCGGGUAGAGAAAGCAACAAAGAAAGGGGAUACAUUCCCCGGGCGGGAAGCGUACAAUGGAGGAGUGCCCAAGUCGAGUAAGGUGAAAAGCAACCCAACUGCUGCCCAUAACACUAGUAACAACAGCAGUAGUAGCAUUUUAAUAGCACUAUCUACACACCAAAGCGAAAGAGGAAAGGGAGAAGUGCGAAAUGGAAAUACCUUGCUUGAUGCAAUUAACAUCAGCAGUAGCAAUGAAUUAAACGACCUGGAAGACAUUAGUCAACUAAUUAAAAAAGCCAUGAAGAAGAAAAACCCAAACAGCAACAUCAUAAAUAAUUUGUAUGAUAAAAAAUGGGAUGUGUCGAAAAAAGUGGUCCUAGAUUUGCUGUACUAUGUAGAACCCAACUUGAACUUGGUUUCCUUCUUUUACCUUUUUUUGAGUAACUAUUUUUCAGCGUACAUGAAGGACCCCUGUAUAAAUAAGUUUAUUAACAUCUCUAGUGAAAAUAAGAAGAAAAUUGUGAAGAGAAUCUCGAACGAGGUUGACUUGACUUCUCUCACAAGCAUUUCGAAAAAUCUGGGUUCCUUUGUCAACGCCAAGGCUCUGGAGGAGUGCUUGUCCACAGGCCCAGAGUAUUAUCGGAUUAGGAAAGAUAUAGAAGUCAUUCUACGCAAAAUGCGCAAUGAACAGGCUGACAAGGGGGAUCAUCCGUACCAUCGCGACCAACGUGAUGGACACAUGAAGCGUGAUAGACUAUCCCAGGACGAAAAAAAACACCAUGUGAGAACCGUUGAGGAUAACAGAGUGAAUGCAAAUUUGUAUGAUGUCUCCCUUUCGCUUAGAAAUCGAUUCCUAAACAUAAUAAAAAGUACCAAGGUGAAUGAGCUCUACUUUAUUUAUUUCUACGUCAGUAGCAUAAUGUCUUCCACCACACCAAGUAGCUUACCCAAAGCGGUUGAGGAAUUCCCAACGCUAAAGGACAGAUCCGAAUGGGUGAGCGAACGAAGUGCGCGUGGUGCGAUAGGGACCACUGCCAGCCAUAGCAGUAUGACAAAGGCAAGUAACAUGGCGAGAAAUGGUACAGUAAACAGUGCAAGUAGCAUCGGGAAAAGCACAACAGCUGCAGGAAGUAAUGCUUCUCUAUCAUCCAUGUCAUACAAAAAUAAGGUUGAUAAAAACAAACAGCUAUUUUCAAACUCGAGCGGAUUGAAUCUCGAUUUGGAGUUCCCGUCACUACCAGAGAAGAAGCAGGAAGAGGUAAUUCAGGCACCACAGAAACGUAGUUCUUCUAAGAAGAAGGGAACAAAGGAAAAUGCCUCCACCAUGAAGAGUGCCGUGGUGACAGGGAAAGCUGCAAACAGUCAGGUGCUAAACAAAAGUGUGAAAAAAAAAAAAGAAUGUGAACAGAACUCCACUAUUGAUAAUAAAAAUAAAAAUAGUGGCGGUACACCAGAUUUUAAUUUUGAAAAUUAUCCUCUAUUGGCCGGGAGCAAUGUAGAUGCUAAUGUGGCUAAAAAAGGGAAAAGCAAAAACUGGGAGAAUGUCGAAGGGGCGGAGAAGGACAAGAAGUCUAAAGCCUCUUCGAAGGAAAAGACAAGUGCAGCUAAAAGUAAUAAGAGUCGUGAUAUUCUAAAAACGUUUAGUCCUAAUGAAUUUCCAUCCCUGCUUCCCUUAACCCCCGUGGAUAACCAGAAGAAAAAAAGCAACCAAAGCAGUACUAACGUUGCCAGUGUAAAUAAUGUGAGUAGUAAAAGUAAAUCGGAGAAACAGAAGAAAAAAAGCGAAAAGAAAAACAUCGACAAUCAGUUCUACCACCCAACUCUCUCAGUCAACAACAUGUCCUACUUAAACGUCCCUGAAAGUAACGUCACGUAUACGAUUAAGAAGAAAAACAAGUUGAAGAGGUGCAACAUGUGCACGUAUGAAAAUACGCCGGAACGGACGAGGUGCGAAUUGUGUGAAAGUCCGUUGUGA